AGAUUUAUUGGGAUGAGGAUGUUCUCAAAAUCAAUUUGACACUUUAUUUGCCCAAAGGCGCAAACACACAACGUGGGAAUCCUGUCCAGUCGAUCGUCAAAAAUUCAAAAUUCAAAUUAAAUUUAAAUGCAAAAAGAUCGGUGCAUGUACGAUCCGAAAACCGGAUCAAAUUAAUAUUUCUGAGAGCAGUUGGAGGCCUUCCCACUGGGGGCAGGCAGGCAUUAAUCAAAACGUCACCAGAUUGGAGACCCCAGACCUCAGAGAUCUCGGAGCAGAUCCCCCAAAAGCUUUUGUUGUCUCGACUUUGGGUCUGCCUUUGUGACCAAGCGGCGGAAAUAUCAGUGUUCGUGGCGCGAUCCAAUCAUUCCAUUGAUUUAUUUCAAUUAUACGAGAGUAUGCCAUGCCCCCACCAGUACAGGCCAGGCCAGGCAUGGCAUAUCAACGCGAUGAUAGCGAGCUGGAGAAUGUGAAGCUUACAGCACGGGAGCGUCGCUUCAUCAAAUUUGCCUCCGUGGAGUUCGACGAUCAGUUGUACAUGACGCCCCAGGACUUCCUAGAGUCGGUGGUAGAACAAGAGCCCAGACCACGUCUGAAGCGCCGACAGCUGUCCAGCGAUGAGGUGGACAAAUACAAGGAAAAUACACCUGCAUUGAAGAAGGGCUCCACGCGUUUGUUCCGCAAUUUGAGAGAUAAGGGCAUUGUCUCCUACACGGAAUACCUUUUCCUGCUCUCUAUACUGACAAAGCCCAAAUCUGGUUUUCGCAUUGCCUUCAAUAUGUUCGACACAGACGGCAAUCAGCGCGUGGACAAAGAAGAAUUUCUAGUGAUAGUUUCCAUUUUGGCGGGCGCCUUUAAAGAGAAUCAAAAUAUUGAUCCCCAAACCAAAAGAAUUCUGUCGCGUUUAGUGUCCUAUGAAGAGCAAAGAGAGAUGCAGAAUAGCCGUAUGCCCAUGGCCAAGAAGGGUCUUAUGGAGCGCAUUUUCAGCGGCGCUUGGAAGGAGAAGCACGGCGAGCAAGAGUCCCCGGAGCUCGAGCAUGAAGUGCCACCCAUUGAGAAGAACUAUGUCAACGACGGCGAGGGACUGCAGCGCCGUCAUGUGGUUCCGACCACUUUGCAGCUGCAUUUCUUCGGCAAACGCGGCACUGGCGUCAUCAACUAUGACAAUUUCUAUCGCUUCAUGGACAAUCUGCAAACGGAGGUGCUGGAACUGGAGUUCCAUGAGUUCUCCAAGGGCAACAGCAUCAUCAGUGAGCUGGACUUUGCCAAGAUUCUGUUGCGGUACACAUAUUUGGCCACCGAUGAGUACGAUGUCUUCCUGGAGCGACUGCUGGAGCGUGUCAAAGAUGAAAAGGGCAUAACCUUUCAUGAUUUCCGUGACUUUUGUCAUUUUCUCAACAAUUUGGAUGACUUUACAAUUGCCAUGCGAAUGUAUACGCUGGCCGAUCGGGCCAUUUCGAAGGAGGAAUUCUCACGCGCUGUGAAAAUCUGCACGGGCUAUAGCCUCAGUCAGCAUUUGAUUGACACUGUCUUUGCCAUAUUCGAUGCAGAUGGCGAUGGUCUGUUGUCCUACAAGGAGUUCAUUGCCAUCAUGAAGGAUCGCCUGCAUCGCGGCUUCAAACAAGAGGAUGUUCCCGAUCUAGACGAACGUCUAGAGGUAUCCCUUGAAUCGCUCGAGCCCCAAGGCGAUGCGGAGUCUGUGGCCAAGUCCGAGGGCUGGGAUGCCUUCAGGUUCUGUGUGCGCCAGGAGAUGAAGACCCUAAUGAAGUCCUCCAACUAAGGCUGGAUCGCGGCAAUGCCACUCGAGGGAGGGAGGAAUCAAUCUACGCCAAAGUGAAACAAAA